GCAUCCUUGUCUAGGUAGUCAAAGUGGUCGUCUACAGAGGAUAAUAACAACGUGACGAUGCUAGUUUUUGAGUGUUGACGCGUUGGAAGAUUUUUUACCAAUUUUCAGAACUUAUGAUUUUAAUUAUGAACUGAGAAUUUCCAGCUUUAAGAACUCCAAAAACGCUGAAUGUGUACAGAAUUUGUGGUAAUUAAACAUGGAAAGAUCUAGAGAUUAUUCACCUAGAGGACGAAGCAUGUCCAUAUCACCAGAGUACAAGGGAUCGCCAGAUUACAAAAGCAGGUCGCCGUCGAGGUCUCCACAUUACAAAAGACACAACGGGCAUAGGUCACCCACGUUUCACAGUUCAAAAAAAUUUCAUCAUGAAUAUUCGGACGAAAGAGGAAAAAAUGGUAGUGACUAUGAGAGUGAUCGUGAAUACAGAAGAGAGUCCUCUUGGGAUGGUGACCGGAGAAGUCGAUCAAGAACCCCGGAAUAUUCUAGAGAUCGGGAAAGAAGUAAACAUUACAGAAGUAGGGACAGGGAUAGGGAUAGGGAUCACCAUAGGUCUAGAGGGAAAAGAUCGCGAAGUGGUUCACGAUGGGAACGAAGAUCAGAAGAUAGAAAAACACGUGAUCGAGACAGGUCAUAUCGCGACGAUGAUAGGGACAGUGUGGAUAGUGAACGUAGCCCUAACGGAGCUGUUAUUGGAGCUAGCGGAUCUGAAAUAAUAGGCUACAAAAGUCAACCUCCCAACAACACCAUCAUGAUUCGUGGACUUGCGCAGCACAUCUCCGAAAACGAUAUUCGUCAAGAUAUUAUCCACUGCGGUUUGAUGCCGAAGGAUAUUCGUCUCAUCAGAAAAAAAGACACAGGUACUUCACGUGGUUUCGCCUUUGUCGAGUUUUCAACACUUGGUGAGGCCAUUCGGUGGAUGGACAUGAAACAGGGUGUUUUAAUGCUUCAAGAACAAUAUCGUGCUAUAAUGCAGUAUAGCAUUCCAAAAGACGUCUGCGCGAAUUCAGAAAAACCACCAAGUCAUAAAGCUUCAGCUGACUGGUUUUGCAUAAAAUGUGGCGCCCAGAACUUCAAAAGACGAGAUAAUUGUUUCAAAUGUCACGCUUCAAGAAUGGAGAGUGAAGAAGGUGGUAGCGGAAGUGAUGAAAUAUGCACUUACACCACCAAAACUAUCAUGAUACGAAAUCUAGACGCCUUGACAACGGAAGACUCUGUUAUGUCAGUUCUCAAUACUGUCAUUCCUGAUUUAGUCAAGUCAAUAUCAGCAGUUUGUAUUGGUCGUGACCCUUUGACUUCAACUUCUCGAGGUAUUUGUUACCUUGGAACAGAAAGCACGAUCGACGCUUUGGCCAUUUACGGAGCUUUAAGCAAUUUAUCCAGCCCCCUCACAAUUGACGGAAAAACAGUGAUUCUGUCGUAUUGUAAGUACAACAUGGGUGACAAUAAGAAAGCCUAUUCUCAGGCUGAUAAUGUUGCUUUUCCCAACGCAUCCGUCCCGAGCACUUACGCAAUGACUGAUGUGGAGAGUCUAGCAGAAUAUGCUGCAAGACGUUACGCUAAAACCCCGAGCGAAUACAUGCAUUACAUUGAAUAUUACCGAAACUACUUCACCCAACAAAUCAGUGCUGGUAACUCGAUUACCCUACAUCAAGAAAACCAAAUGGAUGCAGCAAACGCUGCAGCUGCUGUAGCCCAAUCAGCCAUCCAACAAAUGCAUGCUAAUAAAAAUUUCUACGAUACUACCCACAUGUCAAUUCCAAAUGGAACCGAUGGCAAGAGAUAUCCUGUUCCUGACGUUUCAAAAUACACUUACGACAAAACCACCGGAUAUCAAUAUGACGCAAGUACCGGUCUGUAUUACGACCCGAAUUCAAACUACUACUGGAAUAGCGUUAUUCAAAAGUACCUUUACUGGGACCAAGAAAAAAUGACAUACGUUUUAGCACCCAUGACUUAUGAAAGUUACACGGGUCAGCAAGCCAUGGCCGCUUCAACCGGGUCACAAGAACCGGAAGCGAAAAAACCGAAAACGGAAAAACAAGAUAAAGUCAAAGUCGCGAAGAAGAUCGCCAAAGAUAUGGAAAGAUGGGCAAAGACGCUAAAUCAGAAAAAGGAGAUGUCUUUUGCGCGUGCUAAUUCGGAGAUGGGCGCCAGUAGUAGUGGUAGUGCGUCAGCUGAUGUCGGCUUUUCCGUACUGGAAAAGAAAAACACGAGUCAAUUGGUUCCAGGUUUUUAUAAAAAUGAUUCUGAUGAAUCCAUUCCUGCAGCCGCCGCUCCUCUCGUUGCAGCUUACGGUGGCGAAAGCGAUUCUUCAGGGGAAGAAGACAUCGACGAGAUUGAACUUUUAGAUUACGCUAAACUCAUCUGUAACCUUUGCAAACGUCAAUUAGGAUCCGCUGAAGCUUUAACUAAACACGCCAAAUUAUCCGCCUUGCACAAGCAGAACCUGGAAGCGCGAAAGAAAACGAAAAAGCUUGAAGGUACUAAAGAAAAAGUCGUCUACAGAGACCGGGCUAAGGAAAGAAGAAUGAAAUACGGCGAUCCGGAUGAGCCCCAACCCAGCAAACUCAAAGAAAAAUAUUUGAAGUCGCGAGAAUUAGCUGAAGUACCUGUCGCUGCAGCAUCGGUUUCGGAACCGAUAGGUGCCGAGAAUGUAGGCAAUAGAUUACUACAAAAAAUGGGCUGGACCGAGGGUCAAGGUUUAGGGAAACAAAAUCAAGGAAGAACUACAAUUAUUCAGGCGGAACAACACACAAGUACCGUUGGGCUAGGAAAUAAAGUCGCAGGAUAUACAGCUCUAGCAGGAGAGUCGUACAAAGACUGUGUUAAGAAAAUGAUGUAUGCACGUUACCAGGAAUUAACAGAAAAGGAAAACUAAUCAGGUCAUUCAAUUGUUUCACACUUUGUAAAGUGCCAAUUAGUGUAAAUUGGUUUCUUCUUUUUUCAUCCGAACAUGUUAAUAAUUAGUUUUUAUUUUGUUUUAUAACAAUUAUGGCGUUUCGUUCACAAGUUGAAUAAAUAAUUAUUAUGUAA